AUGAUGGUCUAUGGCCUUGCUCAAAACAGAUUGGGACUGGUUGGCAAUCAUCACGCUUCAUCCACAAUAAGAUUUUUUCCCACCACCAUCAGUAAAUCCUUGCAAGACUCCUCCAUAACUUUCCGCACCAGCUGCUCGAGGCACCCAUUACCAUCAUUAGCCUGCAACAGAAGACUCUCACCGUUGCGGUCAUUGAAAGGCAGCAACGAUGACAACAGUGGUUCAUCCGAAUCCGAUUAUGACGAUUAUGACAAUGGCUCUGUUCUUGUCGCAGAGAAUAAUAAUGAGGAAGUACCUCAGGAAACAUCGCAACCUCAUCCUACAAAUGGUGAAGAAGUAUCCUAUCUAAUGGAUGAUACUACUGCUAAUGUAGAAAUAGAAGAAAGUGUCUCGGGCGACGACGACGACGACGAAGAAGUCCAGCUUUUGGGAGAAAACAUUGGUGAAGAUGACAUGGAACAAGCCCUAGCCGCCGGAGUUGUAGCCACUCUUGGCAAUGGAAAUCUUGUCUCAGAAGAUGUUUACUUGGAUGACGAAACGGGCGAGAUUCACGAGUUCUCUUCUUCCGAUGACGAGGAGGAACCCGCAUCUGAAGCAGAUCAUGGUGGUGUGGUGUCAGGCCUCUUUGGUAAUCUUCGAAUUCCAGCAUCUUUGCUGGCCGGUGCUUCGUUGGGACAAGCAUUUGCCUUGCCGUUUGCGGACAUGGACGGUGUUUUAUUGGGAAUGAUGAAGCGAGUCUACGUUCUCUGUAUGCUCGGAUCGUUUUCCAGUAUGCUUCUCACGGUUCUGGUGUCGACAACUGUCAUGACAGAUAUUACCUUGAGCAAUCCAAGAAUGGCCAAAAGUCCCAGCGAUUACAUCAAUCGAUACUACGCAUUGGACUUCAUGCUGACCAAGAUCAAUUUCUUUUUGGGCAGUGCUGGAUUUGCCAUUGGAUCCAUGCUACGAGGAUGGGCAUUCUUGAAGGUUUCCCAGAUGGGAAAUGGAGUAUUGGGAAUCAUGGGAAGCUUUACGAUAAUGACUGCUUCUAUCGUUCUGGAAUAUUCCCGGCGGCAAACUGGCAAGUCAUGGGUGGGUCAACUGAAGGAUACCUUGCAGUUGAUGCGGAACAAGACAAAAGCGAACCGACUUUUUGGAGUCGGUUUCGUCAUAUGGGCUGCCUCUCUCGUUUACUUGAUUAGCAGGAUACCUCCAGUUGCCGAUUGUUUGAUCGACGCGGCCGAUAGUGUUCCGUGGUGGCGUCGUUUGGCGAUACUGUCAGGAGGUGGUUUUGUUGGCAUACGAAAGAAAUUGAGAAAUGGAUGA